AUGCUGUCGGAAGCACUAAAACUGAAGCAAGUAACACCAGUCGGUGAUGAAGGCUCUUCACAUCCUCGACAUCAACAGCAAUUCUACCAACCUAGAGGUACAAAAGUUGAUUUACCCAUUUUUGAUGGUGAUAGUAAUGUAGAUGAAUGGGUUUUUAAAGUGAAAGAGUAUUUUGAAUGGUUUGUGGUACCUGAGGAGAUGAGACUGAAAAUGAUUUCCUUCCAUUUGUCUGGAACUGCUUAUGCCUGGUUUGGACGGAACCAGUACUAUGACCUCAAAGCCGCUCUUAAAGAGUUGAAGCAAAUAAGUACUGUAGCAGAAUAUCAAGGACAAUUUGAAGAUCUUACCAAUCAGCCUAACACUAAUACUAGAAACCCGAUAUCAAACCCCACUUUUAAGAAAUUGUCAGCAGCUGAAAUUAAGAUGAAGAGAGACAAGGGUCUCUGUUACUAUUGUGAGGAAAAGUGGUCACCAGGACAUAAAUGUAAAACUUCUUGUUACUUAUUGAUUGGAGAGGAAGAAAUGCACGAGAUCCUGAAGGAACCGGAGCCUGAAUUGAUUCAACCUCUGGGUGCUGAGGCGCCGAUUGUAGUGGAUGCUGUGCAACUAGAAAUUAGUUUGAAUGCCAUGGGGUACCAAUUCUCCAUUAACACUUUUGUGUUGGAUCUUCAAGGGGCUGAUGUAGUUCUCGGAGUUCAGUGGCUGAUGUGCCUCGGCUAUGUUACCACACAUUAUGGAUUGCUUACCAUGGAAUUUGUGGUGAAUGAUGUUGCGGUAAAGCUACAGGGGGAAUGGUUGCUUCAAGCUGACGUUAUGAGUAACGAAAUAGGGCGAGGAGGGAGACAAUUUGGUGCAGCCAGAAUUACAACAAGUUUUAGAAGAAUUUGGAGAGGUUUUCAACGAACCAACUCAGCUGCCACCCAACCGAGACAUAAACUAUGCUAUCACCCUACUACCGGGUUCACAAUUUUUCAGAAGGAGGAAAUUGAACGUUUGAUAGCAGAGAUGCUUGAGACGGGAGUAAUCCGGGAGAGUCAAAGUGCAUUUUCCAGCCCUGUUCUACUAGUCAAGAAGAAGGACGGGAGCUGGAGAUUCUGUGUUGAUUAUAGAGCAUUAAACGCUAUUACUAUUCGGGAUAAGUUUCUCAUUCCAACCAUUGAUGAGAUACUUGAUGAACUCUUUGGUGUGGAAUACUUCUCUAAGAUUGAUUUGAGAUCGGCUUAUCACCAAAUUCGAAUGAAUGAGGAUUCGGUUCACAUGACGGCUUUUCGCACCCACCAAGGGCAUUAUGAGUUUGUAGUCAUGCCUUUCGGUCUCACUAAUGCCCCUUCAACUUUUCAGGCUACUAUGAAUAAGGUUUUUCGGCCUUAUUUGAGAAGGUUUGUUGCUGUUUUCUUCGAUGAUAUUCUUGUCUAUAGCAAGACUUGGGAGGAUCACUUACACCACCUCAGGCUUACCCUCACUGUCCUAUCCCAGCACCAGCUGUUCGCUAAGAGAUCAAAGUGCCUCUUUGGUCAAAGGCAAGUGGAGUACUUGGGCCAUAUUGUUGGGGCAGAUAGAGUGAAAGUUGACCCGUCUAAAAUAGAAACAAUUCAAGUGUGGCCAAAGCCAAACUCUCUCAAACAACUUAGGGGCUUUCUUGGGUUAACAGGGUAUUAUCGCAAGUUUGUGGCUAAGUAUGUCCAAAUUGCUCAUCCCUUGACUGAGUUACUCAAGGUGAAGAGGCAGAUAGAGCCUUCGAGCAGUUGAAGGCUGCAAUGAUUCAUACCCUAGUCCUAGCGUUACCAGAUUUUUCUAUGCCUUUUACAGUAGAGACAGAUGCAUCCCAUAAAGGCAUUGGUGCAGUGUUAACGCAGAACGGACAUCCCCUAGCCUAUUUUAGUAAGAAACUGACACAGAAAAUGAGUCUUGCUUCAGCUUAUAUCAGGGAGCUUUAUGCAAUUACGCAAUCUGUGGCUAAGUGGCGCCACUAUUUAUUGGGAAAGAAGUUUAUUAUAAAAACUGACCAUCAAGGGUUAAAGGAACUCAUGUCGCAGGUGGUUUUAACACCAGAGCAACAAUACUAUUUGGCAAAGUUGUUGAGCUAUGAGUUCGAUAUUGAAUACAGAUCUGGCAGAAUGAAUCAGGUUGCUGAUGCCCUCUCCCGUCACCCUAAUUCAGACUCUGAAUUUGUACUCUGCAGCCUCACCACGGUUCAAACAGAUCUAUGGAAUUCUCUCAGAAGGGCUAAUGCUCACUGCCCCACCAUGGUACAAUUACAUCAGCAACUUAAAGAGGGCAAGCUUAGCACAGAUUAUAGGGAACGGGAUGGGCUGCUCCUAUAUCGGGGAAAGAUUUGGGUUCCUGAUUAUAAUGGGUUACAAGAAUUACUCUUACUUGAGUUUCACAAGUCAGUACGUGGGGGUCAUGGCGAACUACUAAAAACGUAUAAAUCCAUGGCAUAAUUGUUCUUUUGGCUUGGAAUGCGGACUGCUGUCCAGAAAUUUGUUGAACAAUGCUGGGAUUGUCAAGUUAUCAAGUAUGUUCCUGCACGUCCUCAGGGACUAUUGCAACCACUCCCAGUGCCAGAACAACCGUGGGUGGAGAUCUCUCUCGAUUUCAUUGUGCAAUUACCGAAAUCUGCUGGAUACACUGCGAUAUUAGUGGUGGUGGACAGAUUUACUAAAGUGGGAUAUUUUACUGCUCUUAAACCAGGAUUUACAGCGAAGGAUGCAGCCAAAGCAUUCAUCAAUUCUGUGGUCAAGUUACAUGGAUUUCCAGUCACUAUGGUUUCUGAUAGAGACCCUAUUUUCCUAAGCAAGUUUUGGAAAACUUUGUU